AUGGCUACGGCUUCGUCAUCCACCACCAUCUUUGGCGUCAGAGAGGGAGAGCUUUCAGAUCAGAUGAACCAGCAGAAGUUGUCCUCUGCCACUCCUCCCGCAGCUGCUGCUCCGUCAUCUGCCGCCCCACAGAAGAGGAGGAGGAACCAACCAGGAACACCAAGUACGGUAUCUACACACCCAGACGCAUGCAUAGCAGUCUCUUAGCAACCAUCUUUCGGAUACUUUGCUCCAUGGAAAGAAAUAAGUUCACGAAGGUGAAUCAUAGUCGUCCAAUUCUAGAUGAUUUCAUGCGGUCUCAACCUCAUAAAACCCUAGUCGCGGAUAUCAGAAAGAUCCCUCCCGUUCUUGAAUGAGAGUCUAAAUUCGGGGACUCUCUCUCUCUCUCUCUUUCUCUCUCUCUACGCUUUGUCAUAUGAUUUACAUCAUUGAUUGGCUUCAGUGAAACGAGUUUUUCUAGCACACGAAAACAAAAUCUCUCUUUUUUACCUUCCCUUGUCUUCCGAAACUUCCGAUUCACUGCUAAACCCAUUUCUCCCUCCUUCAUGAAGACUUCAUGACGGUCUCCUCCUCUUCCCCUACAAACGUUCCAUCUCAGUGUCCAGCUAUACACGAUAGACGGAUCGGCUGCUUUCCCCAUCUGACCCAGACGCAAUGCCUUCUAUUCAGAACACAGCCUCAGCUUCGACAGACAUCGGGAUGAUCUAAUAUACUUGUUUGGAAUAAAGAUAUUACACGUCUAGACAAUAAUUUCUUUAAUGGCUAAAUCCUUGGCCAUGACUUCAAUUUUCUGGUGCGUCGUUAAUGGUUUAUAAGAGAGUGCUGCCUGCGUUACAGAUCCGGACGCGGAGGUGAUAGCUCUGUCCCCCAAGACCCUAAUGGCGACGAACCGGUUCAUCUGCGAGGUCUGCAACAAGGGAUUCCAGAGAGAUCAAAACCUGCGGCUGCACAGGAGGGGGCACAACCUGCCGUGGAGCCUGCGGCAGAAGGGCACCAGUGAGGUGAAGCAGCGGGUCUACCUCUGCCCGGAGCCCACCUGCGUUCACCACGACCCCUCUCGUGCACUCGGCGACCUCACCGGAAUCAAGAAGCAUUACUUCCGGAAGCACGGCGAGAAGAAGUGGAAGUGCGAGAAGUGCUCCAAGCGCUACGCCGUCCUCUCGGAUCUGAAGGCCCACUCGAAAACCUGCGGAACCCGCGAGUAUCGUUGUGGCUGCGGCACUGUCUUCUCUCGGUAAGACUCGGACUCCUCCCUUCUUCUGUAUUGACUUAAUUGACGAAAGGUGUCGUCCUUCCUCCUGCGUCUCCGGGGGGAUGGAUAGAAGAGGAAGGAAUGGUCGCCUUUGAAUGUGCGACGGCGAGACUGCUCCCACGUGAAUUUCCAAGUGGAAAAGUCACGUUUUGGAAGACGGGCAUUUGUAGAUAUUCUCAGAGAGAAAGAAUACUCCCUCUUUCUCUGUCUAUCCAUCUACGUCUUUCAUUUUUCUUUUCUUUGAGCUCUACUAGUUGAGCUUUCCCUUUUCUUGUUUCUACUCCUUGUUUUGCUUGGUAAACGAUGGUUUUUGAGAUCUUUUCUUUGAACAACGUUUUAUUCGCUAUCAUAAUAUCACUGCUAUGUUCUUCCUCUCUUAAGUUGAAUAAUCGAGUCUACUCGGGCGUCUUUGUAUUGAUGGAGUAAACGGUGUUUUAAAAGGCGAAAGUUUUCAGGCAAUUUCCGAGACCAAGGAUUCUCUCUCUCUCUGUCUUCUCUUUCGUAUAUAUUACAUGCAGGGUUUUCCCUUUCAUAGGUUCAGUAUCUGUGUCCACAGGCUGCUUCGUAUUGUAGUAAAUGAUGAUCAUACAGACUUGACUCAGAGAUGGAGAACACCAUUACUAAAGUAGCGGUCAUCUUUUUCAGCCUCGGAGUCAACGUCCAGCUUGCUCUUCUCCAAACUUCCCAAACCCUACCCUCUCCUCAUCUCUCUCCUUACCCUGUUCUCCUCACAUGCUGCCAUUUCGGAAAGGUUUCAGCAGUUUUGUCCUCUUCUAGGCACGACAGAGGUCGCCGGGAUGUCUGUGCCCUCUGCUUUUCCUGCAGGUCCUCCUUUCAUAACAACGUGUGGGUAGAGAUGCCAUCCUCUCUCUCUCUCUCUCUCUCUCUCUCUCUCUCUCUCUCUCUCUCUCUCUCUCUCUCUCUCUCUAUCUAUCUAUCUAUCUAUCUAUCUAUCUAUCUAUCUAUCUAUCUAUCUAUCUAUCUAUCUAUCUAUCUCUCUAUCUAUAUGUCUAUAUACCGAGUGAGACCUAUCAUGCGGCUUCUCUCUUCUUUAAUUGGAAAGAGUGCCAAAAAAAGGCUGACCCAUGGAGCAUUGCCCUCAGAUGGUUUGCAUGGUUUCAGCAAAUUCUUUCAUUCAAAAUAUUCGUUUCAUGUUUCCUGCAAAAGUUACCCGUCUGCAUUAACUGGGGAACAGUCCUAGAACUGGCUUCCUUCCUUCAUUGCCCCAGGCGAGGGUGAAUGAAUGAAGCUUCCUCUCUUGGUUUCCAUUCCGCCCGUCCCUCUCGCCUCCCUUUUCCUAUCUCUUUUCCGUGUUCUUCGCCACGAAGUCGAAAUAUCAGCUAUUGUACCAAGCCGUCUGAACUUCUUUUGAAGAAUUUCUUCUUCAAGAAGUUAAUUACCUAAUUACGAGGCUAAAUCUCGAUCUUAAUUUGAAUCUUGCUCAUUUUUUCCCGACUGUUUUUGUUGUCUUUGAAUCUAAUUCAUAUGCAUCAUCUAAACGUUUUGCAGGCGCGAUAGCUUCAUCACCCACCGGGCAUUCUGCGACGCUCUAGCCCAGGAGAGCGCCCACCUCUCCGUAAUUAAAAGCGAGAUAUACGGAAGCAACAACAGCAUGGGUCUUGGUCUAUCUCAGAUGACCUCUCAUAUCUGCCCUCAGAAAGAGCAGAAACAACCUGCAAGUGAUCUCCUUCGCUUCGGGGACACCCUCGGGGCGGGGGGCUUUCUUUCUUCAUCGAACCCUUCCUCUCUCCUCCCGCAUGACCAAGCCGGUGGCUCUUCUGCGCCGUUCUUCCCCGUUAGAACCAACCAUAACAACAGAGGUCUUCAGUUCCACCACUCCAUCCUCCCAGAGAAGCCCUUCCACGGCUUGGAGCAACUUCCAGAGCCUCAGUACAUCACCACCACUUCAACACCGUCGUCUUCCUCAGCCGCUGCCUCUUCUGCGUCUAGCAUGUUCAAUCUCAGCUUCUUCUCCCAUAGUAGAACCCAAAGCAGUGGCCAGAACUCUCAUCUACUGCAGACGUCCGAUCAUCGGGGACCUCUUUAUAGGGCCAUCCAACAGAGCAACUUCAUGCUGCCUCAGAUCUCCGAAACUGGAUUGUUUCAUAGCACAGACCAGACAGGUGCCACGGCGAGCAGCUCCGGGUCCUUGUUCAGAGGCAUGGAGGGCUCUUAUUCCUCCGGCAGUGUUCAUGACGCCCAUCUUCGAGACCUCAUGAACUCCCUGGCUAAUGGAAACGUUGGUGUAGAUCUCAUGGCCUGCGGCGGAGAACCUGAAGCCUUCAGGCGGGUUUGCAGCGGCGGUGGGCGCGUGGAAGAGGGAGGUCUAAUUGGAGGGGAUGAACCCAAGCUGCAGCAGGGCCUGCCGAUGGAGGGCAUCAGCGGAUCGGCAGGAUUCACGAGGGACUUUCUUGGAAUCGGGAGCAUGGUGAGAGACAUGAUCUCUCAAAGAGACCAGCAUGGCGGCAUAGAUUUUCUCCCCUUCGACUCUGAGCUGACGUCUGCGUCAUCUAGUAGGCCUUUCCCAGGCAGAGGUUGGGAGUGA